UAAAUUACAUAGAACAAUUACGACAUGAAUUUCUGGAGGGUAUGUCUAUAGGAUAGUUACAACAUCUUUAAGGGCUCCUCGCGCUUUUCUGUUAUCCCUGCAACAUUCUAUUAUUGUUUUUUUUUAGCUAUCUUUUUGUUGUCAAAUAAAAUAAAAUCAUAAAAUCAAAAUCAUCUUAUUGUUUAGAAAAUGUAAAAUUAUGAUACUAGUGGAUAUGAUAGCCUUUUGUCUCAUGUAUCCAAAGUCAGAAAUAUUGACUAAAAAACGAACAGCGUGUACUACUUAAGAACACCGUGUAGAAAGUCAAUGUUUUCAGUCAAUUUCGUUUUUGAGAUAAGUAUAUGAGCGUGUAGUCGUACAUUUUUAUUAUUUCAACAUGAAAUUUUCAUCAUAAUCUACUGAAAGAAUAUACUUUAAUCCUUUUAAAGAAACUUUUAUAAAAAUUUUACUUUGUUUGAUUGUAUGAUAUAAAAAAGACAGUUUAAGUAUGGGAUGAUCAUUUUUCCUUCAUAUAUUUGCACUUUCUCGACUAGUUCACUUUGGACAUUUCUUAACUCAUUCUAGGGAAAGAACCAUUAAGUACUAAUGGUGAAUGGCCAGCGGAUAUACCAUUUCAUAUCAAAGCAUUAAUUCGUAAAUGUUUACAGUGGAGACAUGAGGAUCGAUAUACAUUAGAUGAACUCCAACAUCAAUUUGAAAAUGAUUUAAACAAAAUUGAACGAGAGUUAGAUAGUGAAACAAAACGAGAGCGCAGAAGAAAACGAACGAUAAGAUCGAUGUUUUUACGUUAA